AUGCAGGCAGGCGGAGAAGAAAAAGAUAAAUUGCAAAAGAUACCGUACGAGCAAGACCGCGUAGUCAUGGUGUCAGACUACUACUACGACCUCUCUUCCGACCUACUCAUGCAGUACCUCGCCCCUGGCAGCGAAAACGACGAACCCGUUCCGCCAUCCGCCUUGAUCAAUGGAAGAAACAUGCGAGACUGCGCCGACUUGCCGAAUCGCAACUGCUCUUCCUCUGGCACCAGUAACGCCUUGAUCAACCUAUCUCGUACCAGCAACACACGACUCCGCAUCAUCAACGUCGGAGCAUUCGCAGAAUUUGCUUUACAGAUCGACGAACACGAGUUCCAGGUCACAGAAGUCGAUGGCACGGAUGUGCACCCCCAGUCUAUCCAUCGGCUGAACAUCAAUCCUGCGCAACGAUACAGUAUCAUCGUGACGCCACCAAAAGAGGAGGAAAACCAAGGCACGUACUGGAUGCGUGCGAGGAUGAUAACCCACUGUUUUGCAUACGAAGAGCCAGAACUACAAGAAGAAGUCAGGGGCGUACUAUACUACCCUUCUGCGGACGAGGAAGACACGAAAAACCUCAUCCCAACAAGUAAAGACUGGCCCGAAAUCAUCGACGUAGAAUGCCGGGAUCUAAACACCUCAACCCUAGCCCCCGUCAUCGCAGUAACAGCUCCAGAAAUCGACGUCCAACACACGCUCUACCUGCGCUCCUCGUUCCAAAUCCGCGACUGGAGGCUCUCGCGCGGGUAUCUGAAUGACAGUUCCUUCCGCAUCAAUGCUAAAUCACCGCUUCUAAACACUUUGCUCUCAACACAAACCCCCGAGACGAAGGCGCAAGAGGCUCGUCUACCAAACCAAAUCCACACGUUCUAUAACGAUCUUGAUACAGAAUCUUGA